UACCACUUUGGAUUCUGUACCGCUGCUUCCCUCGGCACAAGGCACCAGCAGGCUGAGCGUUAGAUCCUGCUCUUUGGGACGGAGCAUUUACCCCUGCAAGACAUGAAGGGCUUCCUGUUUCUCACAUUCUUCCUGAUGCCUGUGCACGCUGGAACUGCCUGGAGUGUGAAAUACGCAGUAGAUUGUCCCGAGCCCUGUGACAGUAAUGCAUGCAAAAGUACCUUGCGCUGUAAGCGAACGGUGCUGGAUGACUGUGGCUGUUGCAGAGUGUGUGCAGCUGCUCUGGGAGAGACUUGCUAUCGUACGGUCUCGGGUAUGGAUGGUGUCAAGUGUGGUCCUGGGCUGAAGUGCCAGUUUUACACUGAGGAGGAUGACUUUGGUGAUGAAUUUGGUAUCUGCAAAGAGUGUCCCUAUGGUACCUAUGGAAUGGAAUGCAGGAAAACCUGCAACUGUCCCUCAGGCAUCUGUGACAGAGUAAGCGGGAAGUGUUUGAAGUUCCCAUUUUUUCAACUGUCUGCUUCAAAGCCUCCAAAUCGACGAAAAACAGUUGUACACACAGAGAACGACAUGGCAUCGGGGGAUGGCAAUUCUGUAAAAGAGGAAUUUGUUAAGGAGAAAGCUAUUCACCCUCCAGUUAUGAAAUGGCUAAAUCCUCGCUGAUAUUCACUUACAAGACUUUCAAGUGAAUGCAUUUCUCACAGAUUAUUGAAUAUGCAACAACACACUUUAAGA